AUGAGCGACGAAAUUCCUCUCCAGAGUACGGGCGACUUGCAAUCACUUUGCAGGAACAUAUACCCUGUUCUAUUUGACACUGAGAAGACGAGCUGGACCCUUGAAGAGCUGAAACACGCUGCGCGCGAAGAUCAAAAAUCGCCUGAAGGCUUCACCUCUCUCGUCCACAAGGACGUCUUUCAAUACAUGCUCGCAAACACCUACGACGAGGUCGCGGCGCUCUGCCCCAUCUUCGAUCUUGCGACGCUAAAAAAGCUCACCAAAGAACAGCAAUCUUUGAGUGUCACUCAUCCGUCCGGCAACCCCGCUCGAUGGGCUAUCUUGAGCACCUGGAUUGCUGUGGCUCUCCGUUUCAGAGCGGCCGGAGGAUCAGAAGGCGAAUACUCCCACGUCAUCAAGAGCUACUAUUGUAAUGCGACGUUGGUCCUCUCAGAUCUCAUAUUACAAAACACGACGCUCCAAAAUAUCCAGUCGUUGCUGUUCAUGGCUAUAUUGGCAGAAGUCCUCGGGGACCACCGAUCAUUUGUGAUGCUGGUCACCAAUGCUGCCCGGCAGAUGGAAUUGGUGGCCAGGACUCCUCCGACGAUGCUUAGCAGUGAAGCAAGAGAGCUGUAUGAGCGGCUGCUCAGCUUCUCGCAGAUCCUCGACAGAAAGGUGGCCCGGGAUCACAGUCUCGUGGCGAUUUUGGCGCCCAAGGACGUUACAACAUGA